UUUUAUUCAUAAAAUUGUAACCGCUCUGCGUUUGCCGUGUUUCGAUUUUUGAAGCUAAAUUUUGCUCCCUUUUUCAUUCAGAUUCAUCGCUAGUUAAUUAAUUACUGUUUACUUCUUUCUUUCGAGGAUGCUAAUUUUGCUCGGUGGUGCGUUCAUUCAACGGAGCUACCGAUUCUAUAAAUCUCAACUCCGCCGCCUAAAAUAGUUUUGUCAAUUUCCAGAUCUUAGUCUCCAAACAAACAAACCCGAAAGAAUAUUAUUAUUAUUUAGAGCGAGAUGGAUAGAUAUGCAAUUACGACAGCGUGUUUGUUGUUUCUGAUCGUCGCCGAUGUUUCCAAUGCUUCUCUGUUUUGGAAGCUUCGGUUCUUAGCCGAUGAAUCUCCAACAAAGAACGACACGACCGCCGGAGCGCCGCCAAUUUCUCAGUCGCCAACCAAGAAAUCGGACCCUAAACCGGAUACUCAAUCGAAAUUGGAUCCGAACCCGUUGAAUAGAACGAAUUCCGCGAAUCAACCUCCAGUUGACAAGAAGGAUCCUAAACUAUCAGAUGAACCGGGGAAAGUGAUUCCACCUCCUCCGCAAAAGGGAAUAGAUAGUGGAACCAAUUCGAGUUCAACUUCAAAUCAUAAAACAGUGGAGGAUAACGAGGAUAAGAAAAAUAAUGCUAGUACUGGAAACAAUUCGAGUUCAACUUCAAAUUCCACUGGUGAUAAAACAUUGGAGGGUAAAGAGGAAAAGAAAAAUGAUACAUAUAGUGCAAAGAAACCUAAUAGCACGGGGACUGAACAGGCAGAUGUGUCAAAGGAGGAUGAGAAUAAGAAGCCGCCGAAGAAGACAAAUGAGAAUGGAAAUAAGACCCAGUCAGGGAUUGUUGAAACAUGUGAUGGGGUGGCUAACAGCUGCAAUGACGGCAACUACUUGACUGCCUGCAUUAAAGGGUCCAAACAAUGGGUUGUUCUGGUCCAUAAUAGUGGGGGGAAAAGUUUAAAAGUUAAUGUUGCUGGUCCCUCUGGGGAAUCUCUAGUGAAGGGACUUAAAGUGCCAAAACAUGGAACUCAAACGAUCAAUAUCCCUUUGACUAUUAGUGAGACCGGUGAGCUAUUAUUAAGUGCUGGAAAUGGAGAUUGUGUGCUACACAUGAACCCUAUUGCAUCCGAAGGGAACCCUUUCUUAAACCUUCCUUAUGACAAGUUGCUGACACCAGUAAAUGGAGCAUACUUCAUGAUUGCAACAGUUUUAGUUUUCGGAGGGUCAUGGGCUUGUUGCAUGUUUAGGAAGAAGAGACGGCGUGAUGGUAUACCUUACCAAGAGCUAGAAAUGGGAUUACCAGAAUCCAUGGCAGCUACUGAAGUAGAAACAGCUGAAGGCUGGGACCAGGGUUGGGAUAGUGAUUGGGAUGAUGGCAAUGCAGGGAAAUCGUCAAUGGGACGACACAAUGUAUCGAACAUCUCAGCAAAUGGCCUCACUACUAGAUCGUCAAACAGAGAUGGCUGGGAAAAUGACUGGGAUGAUUGAACCUUUUUACCCGGAAAAAAAGUGAGAAGGUAAGAAAGUGCGAAGUCAUAGAAGGAAAAGGAAUAGAUAAUUCAAAGAACAGGCGACUCGAUGUAGAAACUGUAAAUUGGUCCACACAGUUGCCAACAUUACUGAUCAUCGGAAGUCCUCCAAAGAGCCUGUGUUUUUCUGCCAUUUAUCAGUGGGGAUGAUGGUGUUGGAGUUUACUAAUGAGUUUUAUGUUUUGGUUGUAGAGUAAUCAUUUAUUUGGUAUUUGAGGUCAACAAGGAUUGAAGUUGGUCCCUAAAGAGUCAGAAUAUUAUAUUGCAGGAUAACAGUUACUGUUGUUCAAUGUAUUUGCUUGGAAGGCUAACCUUUUUUGGGACAUCAUUGAUUUGAACAAUAUGAAAGAAUGACAUUAGCA